UAGCCCGCGGCGGAGGCGCUGGGCUUUCAUCCGCGGAGCGGCGGGAGCUGGACGUGUCGCCGCGGUCCUCUCGGACGACCCCGGGAUCGGCAGCAGCCUCAGCCGCCUUCAGCUUCUGCGUCCGCCUCAGCGGCGUUUCCCAGUGCAGCGAGAGGAUGGUGGUCCGCGUGUUCGUCGCCUCGUCCUCGGGCUUCGUGGCGAUCAAGAAGAAGCAGCAGGAUGUGGUUAGAUUUCUGGAAGCCAACAAGAUAGAGUUCGAGGAAGUGGACAUCACCAUGUCGGAAGAGCAGAGGCAAUGGAUGUACAAUAACAUUCCCCCAGAGAAGAAGCCUGCUCAGGGCAACCCUCUGCCACCUCAGAUAUUUAACGGCGACCGAUACUGUGGAGAUUAUGACAGUUUUUUUGAAUCUAAGGAGAGCAACACAGUCUUUUCAUUCUUAGGCCUGAAGCCUCGGCCAGCAUCCACGACGGAACCUUAGAAGAAAGAGGUGAUGGAGUUGCAGUUUGGAGCACCCCUGGUACUCAGCACAUACCUGCUUACCUGAUGCAUCACUGUGACAAAGCCACACGCACAAUCAGCAACUUUGCUUGACCUGGACGCGGUGUUUUUUGGCAGACACUGGAAUAAUGGGGAAUGCAUGAUUGUUCUAAGCUAAUCAGGUCUCUGGUGGUGGGUUCUCUUACUUCCUCGUCUGUUUGCAGUUGCCUCGAUCACCUGAAAGUACUGCCACAUGCUAUAGUCUGCUUCCUUAACGACUGGAGCUAAUUGGGCAGCACCAUCAGGGAGAAACCGCUGGCUCUGCCCUAAACCCUACUAGACACCAGUAUUUCGUAAACCUGUUCUUUACACUGCCUGCAUUGCGCCCUCGAAACCCGUUUGCCAGGAUCGUUGUGUCUUUGAAUAGAAAGAAGAAAAGCAAUGCAGGUUGACAAAGGACACCGAAGGUUCUUAUUGCAGAAUCACGAAUGUCACUACUCUGGUACUUUGUAAUAACACCUGCUGGAGAUGUUAGAUGCUCUCGAGUCCCUUCUGUAAUGGAAACCCUCACCCCUAUAAAUUCUCCAGGCUCCUACAGGUGCUUCCAGAACCACCAUUGCAAUAAUGCACUGUCACAGCCAAGUUACAGGACGAAAGGGAUUGCUGCUGGAAAACCUCCUUCUUUAUCUCUUGCAAGGGGGAAGUUUCACUAUCUGCAUAAGACUGCUGAAGAGAUCCUAGGAAGUGCACUACCUAGAUAGUAGGUGACCAGGAAGUUUGCUCUGUCCGUAUGCAAAGGCAUUUUCAGCUCUCGUAGUUUACACACACGCACAUAUAUAUUUCCCCUGAGUCACAGCUGCUUGUUCUAUUUUAUGAUGGGAUUAUAUUUUUGGAGAAAGGAAAUGCUUGGUUAGAUAUAUUUUGUGAACCCUUUAUGAAGUGUAGUGGAAGGCACCAGUGCUGCUGGGGCUGGGCUUAACGGUAGAAUACUUGCGUAGCACACACAAGCUGCUGCCGCCCUCAGCUCCAGUACCACCGAAAGGAAAAGCAGACACCAGCACCGCCAGCUAGUCUGAUUUCCCGUGUUACUUACCAUUGUCUCGUCUUGUUAUUCCCCUUGUUCAUAUCCAGACCAGUUUACAGUCUCUGACUUUGCAGAAUAACACAGGCAUGCAUUCUUGCGUGUGUAUGAGCACAAGUGAGAUUUCAAAGCAGCAUAGACAAGAAAGGAGCUGUCUAAACAAUAGUCCUGAGUCACUCUUAAGAAGCAAAAUCCCUGCUCCCUUCGGGUGGACACUGGUGAACACUGAACAGUUCUCAAACAGGACUAGCCUUGAAUGGGAUAACCUCGGGGCUGAGGGAAAUCUCCACCCACCGCUAGCGGCAUGAUACGACUGUGGGAACUUUAACUCUGACUCUGAGAAAGAAAUGUUUGAGAAAUGCAAAGAGCAAACUAGUGCCCCCCCCCUUUGCCACUCCCUCACGAGCUUUGAUAAAUGUUGACUGUUCUGUGGCAUUUUUGUUUUGAAUGCUGAAGUUGAGAUCUCAGCCUGAGUUUUUCAGUCCUAUUACAGCCAGAAGAAAGAACAGCUUUCUUCAUGAAUGGACCAGAUGCUUGAUGUACAGUUUUCUCUCCAGGGAAAGCUUGUCAAGUCAUGGGUAUUGCUGGCUAGUUGGUAUUAAACAAGAUCUGGGUCAGAUUCCAUUUGAUAAAUCCCAGGGACUUCCAAGGGUUUUUUUCUUCUUCUUCUUCUUCUUCUUCUUCUUCUUCUUCUUCUUUUCUUUUCUCUUCUAACUGGAUAUUGUGCUUGAGUUUGUGAGUCUUCUAACCAGACACAUUUCUAUUUAAAUAGAGUAAUUUAAAGAAUUGUCUCAUGAAGUCAGCCCAGCUUAUGUGGAUUGGGUCUAUUCUUGCCAAUAAGUGCCAAGAACCAGUUUGGCAAAGUGAAGUCUUAGCAUGUUUUGGAUUGUAGGAGCCACAUCAUGCUUACAAGACAGAAAGCUACCAAGAUUUGUCAUAAAACUUUUUGAUUGGCCAUACUAUACCUAGACCAUGUUAAGCACACUGAAUAGAUAGUGUGCCUGGAAUUACUUUCACAGUUGCAUAUCAUUUUCUUGCCGUGAUUCUUUUGCAGGAACAUGGGGGCGUCAGCAAAGAAAACAUGAGAUUAGUGGUAGAAGCCCAGGAUAUGGAACUGACCAUAGUUCCCAGGCAGUGGUGUGUGUAGAGCACACUGGGUCUUACUUAAAUGCCUCCCAGUCUAACUGACAAAUUAUUUUCUCCUUCCGUCUUCCUUUCCCUCUUUCUGUGGAUUGUUGCUCCAGACACAGUCUUGCUGUGUAAACCUGGAACCUACUCCUUCUGCCUAUCAAGUGCUAGGAUUACGUGCUUGGCUGAAAUACUGUUCUUGUUCCCUUUAAUUGGCUGCCUCUAGAUUUCGUCACCACCAUCUUCAAAGUCGAGCCAAGAAGUGCAGGCAUGGCUGUAAUGCCAGGCGCUUUCAAGGCAGAGCGUUGACUUCCUGUGGGACAAUGGAAUUUGUGCUGGCCGCUGAGAACCAAAUGGUGCCAUUUUAACCGUAGGUGGACAUGUAGUACCAUACCACUAGGUGUCUACAGACCAGAAGAACAUUUAGUUCAGGAAAUACUUUACCAAAUCCUGGGAGUUUAGUAAAAAUCUAAGAGGAGAAAAAGAAGACACACAGCCCUUAGAUGCUAAUAUGUUUUAGUUGGUUGGGUUUUUUUUGUUUGUUUGUUUUAUAACGUUAACCAAACAUUUACAUUUUUAUAUUGUGUGAAUUUAACCAUCUAAAUAUUUUCCAUUUGUUAUUGAAAGGUACCAAAGGCUUUUAUGUUUUGUUUGGUUUGUUUGAUUUUAUUAUGGGAUUUGUUUUUUUCUAGAAAUACUUUGAUGUAGAUUUGUCCCUGAGUGUCUGGGUCUGCUUCAGUCUGUGUAAUUAUUUUGAUUUCAGUUUGUUUGUCUUUGUCUCUCAAGGCAUUGGGGAAAUCUCAGAUUUUGUAUUCUUCACUGAAGGAGAAUAAAUUCCAGAAAACUGGCAUUCUGAAACAGGAGUUGUUUCUUCCUAGUCUCACUCCUUUUCCAGCUUUGAUUCUGGAGUUGGCUGGAUCCUUUCUGUUUCUGCUGCCAUCCAUGAAGGGUUAGACUGUUACCAUGCAGCCACUCACUUAAGAAAGAUGCAUGUGGUUCUGCCUGGGCACACUGGGAGGCAAACAGACCCCCACCCCCGGCAGUUCAGGGCUGAGAUGGGACUUGUCAGCCACCAGUCUAGGUUUAUUCUGUGGUCUCCUUGCAGGCACACUGCGAGGGGUGGUUUGUCCCAUAAGUGGUUGCAGAAAACACCCAUGACUUCCCUCAACUUGGGCUUCCUUUGAGCCACAUUUGGAAGCAAAAGAAAACAUUUCUGAAGGCAGGGGCUGAGGCUGAACUCACUAAGAAACAACUGCAGAACUUAAACACCAGGACAGAUGGAGGGUGGAGGAGGGGUCACAGGCAGCAAGCUCUAAGCCCACAGAAAUGUGCCAACUCAUGAAACCAAAUCAGCAAAUAGCCCUGCUGCCUGUGUGUGACCCAGAUUCCAAUCAGAGGGUUUCCCAGUUCUAGACACACAGGCCAGAUCAGCAUGGCUGUCUCUUUUGCCGGUAUGUAUCAGGUCCUCACAGUGUGAUUUGCUGGGUCCUGUCUGAGCAGGGGGACGAGGGGAGCAAAAGAAGUACACAGCAGCAGUGGGUGACAGGCCAGGUGAGUUGUCAGGACACUAGGCUGCAGCUUGUCAUCAGAGAUGUUAAUGUUUUCUCUUAUUAAAACCAUCCUGACUUUUUAGAUUUUAUACAUACACACAUAUCUACCGAAGUGUAAAGAGUAAUAAUAAUAACCCCUUUAUGCUCACUGCCUGCCUUAUUGCCUUUCCCCCCAGACACCCUAUGUGCCCCUCCAUGACCUUCUCUUUCUGUUGAAUAAAGGGAGCCUCACCCUGUUGUAAAUCAAAGCCUUUCUACCUUUCAGCGUUUUGUCUCCAUGUAUGUAUCCAUAAAGAAUAAUAAACAGAACUAAACCAGA